AAUUAAGGGGCCAAAUCUUAGCCUACCGCUCCAUCUCCUAGGCUCCCAUGGCUUCAGAUCUCGUAAUGCCGAGCUCGAGCCUACCGGCCAGCGUUGCCCCCUCCAACCCUCUUCUCGGUUUUUAAUGCCCGGCCAUGGUGUAUCUGACGACAGGUGGCGUUUUUGAAUUAGCCUGCUGAAGUACAUGUUCAUGGAUUGCAGGUGACGUCAUAGUCGUUGGCACGGACCGAGAUCGUUGCUAGGGCCAUCUAUCAGACCAAAAUUUCGCGUUUUGGGCGUUGCCCACCGGUCACCACGACCUUGGAGGAGAUAUAUGUGGAAUGUGUUGACCGUAGGAAUUUCUUCAAUGUGGUUGCACCUAAUUUUAGCAACGCGGAUCUCUCUUCUAUUAUUAGGAAAAAUGUUGCGUGAGUAGGCGUAUGUGAGGCCUGCAUGUGUAGGCGUCUGCCAGUUGUGAUAUAUUCCUCGGAAGAAAGGAAGCCUUUAUUCCUCACCCUCUCCCGGUUUGUACCUUUCUUCAACCAAUUUCUCCAAUGAAACUCGGCCGUCGAAUUGCGAUGGAGAUCGGCUUUGGUGCGGCAGAAAAUUAGUCCUGCUUCGAUCUCACCUGUUGCUCCCGAGAUAAUUCAGACGCUCCCUGCUAUCUAUCAUCCAUUAGUGUCAUGUUACUGAGUAAUUAAUGACGGCUCAAGGUGAGAUGAGUAGAGCAAAAGCUAUGAACAUCGAUGAAUUGGCGAAUUUGAUGGAAAGGAAGCUAAGUUAUUACCGAUCAAUCUACAAAGAACACGACCAGCGAAGAAAACUGUGUAUGAUUUUCCGAGUUCCGAAAAACAUUAAACAAGUUGACAAGUUAUCUUACGAACCAAAAGUUCUGUCCAUCGGUCCUUAUUACCAUGGAAAUUCUUCCCUGCUGUUUAUGGAGAAAGUAAAAUGGAACUGCCUAGAUUACGUUCUUAAACUAAACUACAGAAAAAAGUUGGAGUUCUAUCUAACAGUCAUGGAAAGUUUGGAGAAGCAGGCAAGGAGUUGCUACUCUCAGGAAGUUUCGCUGGAAAGUGACAUUUUCCUGCGAAUGCUCAUGCUCGAUGGAUGCUUUCUACUUGUUUAUCUCGGUGCAACAAAUGGUUUAGAUUGGUGCGUUAAGGAAGAAAAUACAACUGAUAGUAAUUAUCAGGGCAGAGAACCACUUCAACACACAAUAGCAAAACAGGGGGGGAUUAUGGAGCAUACAUUUCAUAAGGGAGCAAGUACUGAAAGUAUGAGUGCCAGGACAUCGUCCAAUUUGUGUUCAACAGAAGGCGUGGAACUUCGCCAUAUUAGUUCAGGCGAACAAUGCUAUGACCAGAAGGAUCCUGACCAGCCCAAACAUGACUCGGUAUUUGCAUGGCAUCAUAGCGAAAUAUUUCGUGACCUACUACUUCUUGAGAACCAGUUACCAUUUUCUGUUCUGAAGAGCAUAUAUGGGUUACUUGUGGGAGAAGAAGCUCCAGAUCUACUUACGGAAAAGGUCUGUAAAUAUUUAGAACUCAAUGUUCAGAAGUACACAACAGUGGCUCGAGAAUUUGAUGGGCAGAAAGACUUUGAUCACUUGCUCCAGUUGUGUCAUAUGUAUUUCCGCCCUCAACGAAGGAUUCAACCAGAGAAGCAUUGUCAAGUUGGAAACAGAUGGUCAAAUCGUCUCACUAUUUUCUGGUCCAGACAUCCCGAACUAAGUGGCUACAGAUAUCAGCAGGCGUCUCAUGUAAGUUCUUGUCAGACACUGAGUCGAUGGCGACGAGCAGAACAGUAUCAUGAAGCUGGAAUUGAGUUUACAAGGAAAGUGCAAACCGAGCAUAACCAGCAUUCUCUUCUGGACAUAAGUUUUAACAAAGGACAGGUCGAAAUUCCAUGCUUGCUUAUUGAUGAAAACACCGCUUGCCUCUUCAGGAACUUAGUUGCAUUUGAGCAAACAUGCUCGCAGUAUGGAAAUGAUCUAACUGCAUACAUUGCAUUUAUUUCCCAGCUUGUUAGUACACCCCGUGAUGUUGCACUGCUUGCUCGCAAAGGAAUAAUCAUGAACCACAUGCGCACCGAUGAAGAAGUGUCAACUCUUUUCAGUAAGCUGGGUAAGAAUGUGGACUUUGAUCAGAAUAGUGCGCACUAUCUUAAAUCGGUUUGCCUUAUGAUGGAAGAUUAUUAUCAGAAUCGUAUAAAUAGAUGGAUGGCCUGGUUGUGGCAUAACCAUCUCAGAAAUCCAUGGUUGGCCUUAGCGGUAGUAGCAGCAGCUGUUGUUCUUAUCUGCACCGUUAUCCAAUCACUUCUAGCCUUGCUUGCCUAUUUGGAUCAGACAACAGAUACUAAUUAAGCGGCUAGUUUCUCCAACCCGCCGAAAGAUAUAUAUAUAUAUAUAUCCUUUUGGUGUUUUUUUAGAAAAUCUCGCUAAAUUGCUUCCGAGUGUCGCAUCAGCCGAUUCAACAGAAUUUGUGAAAGUCAUUUGUUACUGUGAGCUGAUUUGCCAUAUAGAUACAGAUGUUUUGGCAGAUCAUAUACUUGCAAUAUUGGUGUGUGGUUAUGUUUGUGGUUGGGAGCGUAUCUCCCAAUACGCUCUACUACUGGUGUGUUGCCUGAUUCCAUGCUGAUAUGGACCAUUCAUUCGAACUAGAACCAUAGGCGCGCUUUGGCACGCUGCAGAUCCUCAGUGACGGUCUAGGUAGAGUAUAAAAGUAAUAUAUCACAGUUAAAGGUUCUUUGCCAUCCCACAAGGAAAACCGGACAUGCGUGUUACUGUGUUUCCAUGAAACAAUUAACCAUGACAAUACAAGCACUCAGCAUUAAGGUUGCCAUCUUAAUAACAAACACGCCAGACAAAAGAAGACCAAAUGACCCCUAGGGUUUUUCUAGGAUUUCGUCUUCCUCUAUCAGUGUGCCACAUGAGUUACCAAAAAUCCAAAAUCACCUUGAUUGACGUGGUUACGCUCUCAGAGUGAGGAUCUUCGGCUGACAUCUCUCUCCACUGUUCCCUACGCUCCCCAGAGCGAGGUUGCACGGCUGAUCCAGUGGCGGGAAAGGGGGCGACGGGAGUUCAUUGCCGAAUACUGGGAGAGGUGGGAAGAACACCAUGGCUGAUCUCAGUUUUGAGGAUAAAUUUGAGGGCCUGAGCCUUCAUGGAAAAGAGGAUCUAGAUUUCUCGGAGGAGCUUGAUGGACUGAUCAAGGAGGUCAGAUGGUUGGGGAUUUUCGAAGUCCACACGACCAAACCUUUUAGUCACACGGCACUAUUCAAAUAGAUGUGUAAUGCCUAGGCAUGUGCGCAGGAUGUUACCUUCAAGGUGAUCGGUUCAAACUUGUUCCUAGUCCAAUUUCAGCGCCUUGGCGAUUGGAAAUUUGGAAUAGGGUAAUUGAUUGUGGUCAUUGUCAUGUUCAGGAGUAUAAGCUUGAUAAGAUCCCAAUGUGGGCAUGUAUCCAGGGAUUGCCAGAUGACCUAAUGAGGAAGAAGGAAUUGUCUGAAAAGGUAGCAAAGAAAUUUGGGGAUCCAACUUUCACGGUUAUUGUGAAUGAGGGUAGGAUUAAUCCUGAAAAAUACCUGCAUCACAAGUCUUUCUGGAUAUCAGUAAACCUUUUUUCAGUUUGUUCCUUUAGUCCUAAAGGGGAAGAAAAAGUAUCUGGUCUUAUAUGAGAAAUCACCAAACUUGGUUGAGGAAUGUGGUGAUGGAGUUCAUGUCGUGCAAGGGUGCGGGUGGGAAGGCUAGAUGCUAUGGCCUCUUGAGACUUUACCACCAAGGGCCGAAGGCAGCCACAUUAGCAAAAGAGGUGGAUGUGAGGGUAGAGGAAGAGGAAGGGUUCGCGGUGAACCAAGAGUUGAUGAAGAUGAAGACAUGAACCUAUGACACAAGGACCUAGAUGAUCUUGGCUGCCUUCCAUGUGGCCUGAGGAAGCGGUUGAUAUCUAGUGAUGGUAAUAUAGAUACCAACACUGCGCCGGCGGUUCUGGUCGGUCAAGGAGGCAGCGUUGCUACAUAGCUUUUCUUGGUAGAGAACUAAACCGGUAAUACUAUCGAUAAUGAUUUAAUGAAUACAACACAAAACAUCGAUGAUAUGAAGAGGAUAAAGAAAUGAGGAGUAGAUGAAGAUGAAACUGGUGAUUUAGUGGAAUCAGCACCCUCCUUCAAGGAGGACCACCGGGAGCAAUGAUAGCUUCAAGAUGGAACUGCCAGUGGAUGAGAACAUCCGGGGAAGUUCGAGCACUUCAGGAUGUCCUGAGGCAAACAAAACCAGAUGUGAAGUUUCUGUCUGAUUCACAUUUGGCCAAAGCUAAUGCAAAAAAAAUUGAUGCGUAAGUCACGAUUGAUAAGUUAUUGAUUCAUGAGAGUGAUGGGGAAGUGGAGGCCUAAUUAUCAUGUGGAAAAAAUGAAGUGGUUAUAAUCUGACUGGCUAUAACCUGCCAAUUAAUAAUGGAAUAUACUCGACGUCCAACAUCAGAGUAUUGUGGCACUUCUUUCUUCAACUUGGUCAGAGUAAAAUAAUUCAACAACUCGACAAGCUAGCAUGCAACACCAAGACAAAGAAACCUGUAUUCACUGAGAGAGCGGCGUUUGCGUGUUUUAGAAGUAAAACCCUUUAUGUCAUAGACUAGAACUAGACAUAAUUUUAACUCAAGAAAACAAAACGCAUCCUUCUUCAUCAGCAAUCCAAAACCAUUCCGAAAUCUUAAAUGCACUGUGUACGUACGGAACUAAAGUUCCUCGAAUCCUUCUUCAUCAGCAUCCUCCUCUGUUCUUUCAAAAUGCGUCCUGAAACUCUCCAUCU